CGUAAACACCAGAUGGAGUCCAUGGUGACCGUGAUAUUGGAGGAAUAUGGCGAUCUACAUCGCUCAGUUCUCCAGUUCCUGAUGGCAGUGAAGAGCAUAGAAUUCGAAGUUUUGUACACCGUUUUUGUGAAACUCGUGAUAAAAUGUUUGCUUGAGAAGCAUCAUCCUGAACCAUCAAGUUCAGAUCAAGAGGAGCAAUUACGUGAUUUGCUCCGGCAGGCUCGACCAGAGCUGCCAACCCUCAGCCCUGAAAGCUUGGUCAAAACAAUCGCACUAAUAAACCGAGAGCUUGCAUCGCUUGAUCUCGAAAUAGUGGAGACCCUGGCUCAAGAUGACGAGAAAAACAUCAACGUUAGCUUUGUGAACACCAAAUCGUCGCCCUCUAUUAAGCUGUCUACAAGUUACACUGAAAAGGAGAUUAGUGUGAUUAAUGAGUUGAUCGAUCAAAUGUUCGAAAGCCCAUUUGACGAUGAGGAUAACUUAACAUAUUCUCUUUCUUACACACAAGCACUCAAUGUUGCGAAACGAAACAUUCAAACGAUCACUGACGCGCAGAAGUUUAUCAACAAGUUGGAAUCCUCAGGAUGGCUUGAAACUGUGAAAGGAAAAUACACCCUUAGUGCGCGCGCUCUCGCUGAGCUUAAGUCAUACUUGAUCUCCAAAUGGAACAGUUUCAUUGUGUCAUGGCUGUAA